CGUCCUCCUGAAUCUAACUUGGGCCCGACCGAUUGCUUAUUUGAGAUUCACAACCUCAAUUGUAUGGUGUAAAAUUGUUUGUGGAAGUUAGAAGUGUGCUUCUUCUUUUUUCGGCCUGUUUUCUCAGCCUCUUUAUUUAGUCGUCAUUUUAUAUAUUUCUUUAAUUAUUCAUUUACUUGUUCAUUUGCUCAUUUGCUCAUUUGCUCAUAUCAUUUAUCCAUUUCUUCACUUUUGCUACCCAGCAAGUGGUUAGUUACCGGACCCCCACAUCCAUAUCCACAUCAAGACGACCGAGUCCUACAUUUCCAGAUUCAUAUCACAGGCUGUUGUGCCGAAGCGGAGUCUAUCAUAAGAUCUAGGGGUUUUCUCCACCUUGCUGUCUGCAGCGUACAGAAGAUCCACCCCCGAAAAAUUGACAGGCAGAUUGUGAAGUCACUCCGACCUGCCGCCUACCUAGAUAUAUCAGUCUCGGACAUUACUGUCAACCUGUCAGCCGUGCUCCAGCGUCAAUUGCUCUGUCUUUCUUGCAUCUGAAAUAUAUAUGUCAAACCCCAUCAGUACUCCGAUCCAGAGCCAGAAUUCAGCUGAUUCGUCCACCACAUCGUCCUCACGUCGACCGGUGGCGAGAAGAGCUUGCCUUUCAUGUCGUGAGAAGAAGAUCAAAUGCGAUGGCGAGCCAAUCAGCACCAUCGUGUCUGUCGACGGCUCCAAUAAGAUUAUCCCCCAGCUGACGAGAAUAUGUUCUAAUUGUAAAUUUCUCGGUAUAGAAUGUGUGUUUGUCCAGUCCAACAGAGGUGGACGACGCCGAAAAAGAGCUUCUAUCUCCCAUGAUAUCGACGACCACGCCGACGAAUCGUAUAUAGAGGGCCCCGACCACAGUAAAAAAUUCCAACCUGAUUCGACCAACUCUAGCUCUACAAUUUCAAGUUCCGCACCCGACUUUCCGUACCAUAUUCGCAGUGGUAGCGAGUCGGUCAAUUAUUCCGCACUGAGCCCUAGGCCCACCGGCCACGAGCCGACACUGAAAAAUUCCACAGACAGACUCAGUUCGUUCAUACUAGACCAGCAACGAACCUCUCUGAUGCUGUCAUCACAGUUCAGACCAGUGUCACCAGCAUUUUCUUCGGUAUCGACACUUGAGAGACCGCCCAUGUAUUUUUCACGUACAGAGCUGAACUCAGACUCUGCCUCUAUUUCUACUGCGACUUCUGGUGCCAAUGCUGCCUACCAUGAAGACUACGCCAGACAUUAUAACCCUUACGGGCCUCCACCACCUCAUCAAGGCUAUCCACAUCCACCACCUCCACAUGUCCCCCACGGACCUCACAACCAACAGGGUCCCCAUGACCAUCAAGGGCCUCACGGUCACCACGGUCCUCCCCAUCACCGACAUGGUCAUUUCCACCAUAGAGGUCCUGGUCGCGGCGGCAGAAGAGAUUGGUUUGAUCACUACGGGCCUCCACCUCCCCCACACCAGGGUAUGGGCUAUGGACCUCCUCCAUGGGCUAGAAGACCAUGGGAUGCCUGGGGCCCUCCUCCACCGGGCCCACCACCUCCUCCACCGCAUUAUUCCGAAAGCCAACUCCCUAAUAGAGAAGUUUACGAGUCCGCUCCAGCCGCACCAGUACAAGCACCUCCAGCACCUCCAGCACCUCCAGCACCUCCAGCACCUUCAGCACCAGCAAGUAUAUCGUCUAUUUCUAAUCAGUCUGCCAUUGCUGCUACUACAGCUCAAGAAACAGAGUCCUCCACUACCCAAACUAAGUUGUCUGAAACACCUGUAUCUACUACUCACUCGGUUCCAGUUAUAUCAGCUAACCUUACCAAAAGUACUUCUGAGUCGUCGCUAAUCGAGGGAUCCGGAAAACCUCGUCUUCCUCCUAUCGAUGGUAUACCUGUCAAGCCACCCAAGUCGGCGAACUCCGAGCAUGGUUUCGCCGAAACCGACAAAAUGUCACAAAUAGUGUUGCCGGGUAUUUUGGGUACACAAUCGAUUUCCAUGGUCGGCGGUGUCUCGCUGACUUCGAAUUAUAGCCUUUCGAAAUCUUCCACGACGACGUUGGAGUCGGCAAAAAUUGAGAAUGACUCCAAUAGAUCGAUUUCUUCUGAACAAAAACCGAGAUUGCUAAAUUUACCUAGUUCUAUCUACGAACAGGAUAAGUCGACGACAGUGUCCUCUGUACCUCCAUUUUCAGAUUAUGAAUUGAAGCAUUACAAUCUACCUCCGUGGGAUAUUUUGGCCCAAAUAUUGGAUCUAUACUACGCUUUCCAACAUCCAAAUCAUAGACUUUUAGUGCCGAAGAAAUUACUACUUUCCAAAUUAUCUCUAGGAUACUCGAGCUCAAUUUUGCAUGCGUUGAUCGCUUCAACUUGUCCUUUGUUGCUGGUCUUCAAUGUUGAUGUUCCUAAGUCUUGCGAUGAGAAUUAUUGGAUCGAAAAAGUUUUCCAAUACUGGGACGACCUCAAUGAUUUCGGUAUUAUCUUAACCUACAGUUUACUUUCCAAAACAUCGUCAUAUCGUUUCCGUUUGUCAAAACUUAAUGAAUUUAAUAUCAAAAUAUGGGAAGCUAUUUACAACAACAAUUACGUGGAAAUUUACAACAGCACUAAAUUCGAGUUGGAAAACAGGGAUAAAAGCAAAACGUAUACCUCGAGACAAAUAUUCGAACGAGAGCUGAUCAUUAAUUUAAUAUGGAAUUUUUAUGUGAACGACCUCAUACUAUUGAGGUUUAAUUUGGGAAAUCCGUAUUUCAAAUUAUCCACCAGGCUCCAGGAUUUUAAAUUUAAUUAUGAAUUAGACAUCUACCUGAAGAAGUUGCUUUUGCCGUUGGAACUCAACCUGGGAUCUUCAAGAUCUAAUUGGACAGAGUUGAAUGAUUCUACAUUGACUCCAUCAGGUUCCAAUUCUGUUAUCAUUUCAGCAAAGAUUCUUGAAGGUGUCAUGACAAAAAUAUCUAACGAAGAACUUACGAAUGACGACUUACUUGAUAACACCCCUUUCAAUCGUUCAUUCAUUAAAAACAUUUCUAACAAAUUUGUAACCAUCGAUCACACCAGAAAAUUGUUGAUUAUUGAUACUGGAUAUUUAUUAUCCAAUUUUAUUUUCAAGACAGCCGAGAUAUUACAGAGAUUUUAUUUGCUAGAUGAUAUCCUUAUUUUUAAGUUGGCGAAACUGAUAAAUUACACUGGUCGAUCUGGAUCUGAUUUUAUUCCUUUGAUAUGCGAAGUAGACGUCAGUGACAUUGCCAAAUUUGAAAAUGAAGGAAAUGGCCCUAGGAUUCUCGAGUCAAUCACAGAAGAAAAGUGGACCAUGAUAUUCUCUUUGAUUCAAACUACAUUGAAUUUCAUCAGGAUGGUAGAGCUUAUUGAUCACGAAAAGAGCGACCAGGAAUUGGACUCAUAUUUGGUGGCUGUCGGGCCCACAGAAGAAGGUGAAUCGGGCUCUGGUCAAAUUUGGUUCGAGAACUCACAUUUGCAAACUACUAUAAAAGAAGCAUGGCUCAAGUUCCCUGACUUCACUCUUGUUGCAGCAUGUACUGUAUUAUCUGUUAUUUGCAAUUUGGUCAUGCUUACCAAGUACAUCAAAGUUCAAAAGCCUCCGGCAAAUGGAGAUAGUUCUGCCUCCAUUAGAAUCAUAUUUCUUGAAUCGAGCUUGGAGAAAAAUUUUAGCAUUCCAGUUGACGACGAAGAAAUAAUAGAAUUUAAUUACGAAAAUUUGCUAAAGAGAUUGUCGACAUUGGUUGAGUUCAUUAAAACCAAAUCGCAAAUCACAAACGAAUCUGUUGUGACUAGCACAAUUGUUAAAAUCAACAAGAUCAGCCAUUAUCUCGAGGGCAUUGCUACGAAUCAAUAAAUUUAGAAGAUAGGAGAACUGACGUGAAAAUGACACAAUGGACCCUGAAAACGGGGUUCAAGAUUUCUUUUUAAGGUAAUAUCGCUAUCAAAAAGCAAGGGCAUUAUUAAAAGGGACCUUCAUUUGGUCAUGAGGUUCCGGUUACAUUUUCAAGACCAAGAUCAAAUUUCAUCAGCAUCAUUGCUCAUUUUAUGACAAAUUCACUUCUUCAACCUUGGAGGUUUAAUUUCAAUUGUAUUUUGCAUUCAUACGAAUUGUAUAAUUAGUACUGUACUACCAAUUGCAUAUAGACUCUUUUUUCGUUUUGUUAUAUUAUUAAUUUCGGUGUA